AUUCCUUCUAAAUUCCAGUGUCUCCUCUACAAUUUCCCUCGAUGGACGUGUCGUAACAAAGACAUGGUUAUCUGCAUGGAUGAAUUGAAAUUGGGUUUAAUGUCGCUGAAUUGCAUAGCACCGGGAUUCUCGACCAUCAUCCUCAACCUCCUUAAUGGCCACCGCGUCAAAAAUGUUGGAAAACAGGUGCAAAAAGAUAAAUGGCGUCGUGAAUAUGAGUACGGCGUUUCCAUGGAGAUUUAUGAUGUCAGUUUGAGCUAUGAAUUUCACAAUCUUUGUGCUCAGGAGUUGACACUGUUCGCUUACGAAAAAUGGAACAUUGUUAUCUGUGCCCUUUGCCACACGGAUCCGGACAAACCAGGCGUCGUUAUCAAUCCAGCCGGUUAUAAAGACCUCAAAGUUAACACCCUGACAACGAAAGCCAUUGUCAUUGCAACAAAUUCCACCGUGGUCAAUAGAAUGCGCAAUUAUUGCACCAGAUGCCGAAGCCAUGAAACUGGACGUUUGUGUCAGUGUCCUACUCGCCUCCAGUUCUACAUUCAAGCGGCAGGCCUUAAGAAAGAAAGGGAACGCACCAUCAGCGAUGACGAGUCCGAAUUUCAAGUCCCUGAGUAUGGCGAAGUCUUGUCCGAUCCUCUUUUGAUCGACACUCACGACACACCUCAGGAUCAAGUUUCGCGUUCAGUCAGUGGAGAUCUCAGACGAUCCGAAAGCGACUUACUACCUAAUGACACAGCAACAGGGACUGGAAAGUUGGAACAUUCAAAAGAAGAAGUGUUUUCUCGUUUCACGAUCGGUCCGAUUUCGACACCAACGAGCACAAAAAGCGGAUUGUUUACUCGGAGCUGCUUUAGACAGCAGUCAUUGCUGGCAAAUCUUGCGGAAUACACGCCAAUGCCGCAUAAGCCUUAUGUGCCAAAAUAUGUCGAUUCGACGGGAUGUUUCCAUUGGGUACCAGACACACCGAUUGAAAGAAUCAAGCUAACACCAACAGAAGCAAUAAAGUACCAAUUUAGAGACCACUACCUCCUCUGCAUAGUUGAACCGUUGGCAGAUGCGUCGUUGAACUUGAGGAGUUUUGUCUUCCCUCUGCGUUUUCACUGGAUGGAGGUGCGAGACAUUGUCAUAUUGGGUAACAUCGCUGGCAUCGAUGAGGAGGAAUGGACAAGUAUCAAGAACAUCCCCAAUGUCUUUUUCGUUCAAGGUAACCCUUGUAGCUUGAGCGACCUUAAUGCAGUUCGGUUGAAGCACUGCACAGCCUGCACAAUUCUUGGUGAGGCCAUCAGAGAAAGUGAAGAGGAUCAUUGCCUGAGAGAUAAGAAUACACUCCUCUGUGCUAUGACAAUUCGUUCAGCAAUUGAACAGUCAUCCAGAUACAUUCAUAUGACAACCGAGCUUCACUAUGAACAGAACGCACAUCACUUCAGUUCAGCGGAGUCGCACAAACUCGACUUUAAAUUGCCACUACGAUUUCAAGAAGCCUUUGCUCGAGGAAUCAUCUUCAGCAAUACCCUCCUUUAUAGUUCUAUCAGUUCUCUGUAUUUCAGCGGUUCAGUCUUUCAGUUCCUACGAGUCCUUUUCUUUGGAACAGCUGUUGAAGAACUAGAAUCAGCCAGCCUGCUUCGGAAUGGGCUACAGCGUGGACAACGCAAUGGCUUUCAGAAAGCAACUGGCGUUCGAGUGGCUCUUCUCAAUAUGUGUGAAGUCCCUUUUGGAACGCUAAUCACACGCCCUGUCAAGGUGUUCUGCUUUAUUCCAAGUGAAUGCACUCUUCUACAAGAGGACAUGGGCAGUGUAGUUUCGACACCAACCAUGGAUUCAAGUGUCUUUUUUCCGAGAACUCCUGGAGCCACCUACGCAGGCAUGUCGGCAGCUGAAUUGGCCCGCCAAAGCGCAAAUCUGUUACGUAGGCUGCAAUCAUAA